GUGAUGAUCUUUCUGCAGGACGACUACAAGUGGAAGGGAUUCGAGGACUGCUUGAGGACAGACCUCACGUACGUCAAUUUCAUUCAGCCUUACAAGCUGCGGAACGCCUCCUUCUUCACGAAGCCGGGCAGCGCGGUCUUCGAGCAGUGCGUGCGCAAUUACGCCGACCUCUUCGAUCUGGCGGGCUCCUUCCCAGACAAGGUGGAACCGUUGCUUGGCACCCACCCCCUGAACAACUUCGCCGUGGGGCGCGUGAACGUGCGCAGACGCCCGCUUGCGGUGUGGAAGGAAGCCUACGAGAGGUCUAUCCCGAAGAGCAGGACAUCUGCAUAUUCAUGA